UCGUCCCAGAGCAAAAACUGCUCUCCAGACACGCCAUCAUCCAGACACGCCAUCAACCAGACACGCUAUUAUCAACCAGACACGCCGUUAUCCAGACACGCCAUCAUCCAGACACAUAUUCAUCCAGACACGCCAUCAUCCAGACACGCCGUCAUCCAGACACGCCAUCAACCAGACACGCUAUUAUCAACCAGACACGCCGUUAUCCAGACACGCCGUCAUCCAGACACGCUGUCAUCCAGACACGCCGUCAACCAGACAUGCCAUCAACCAGACAUGCCGUCAUCCAGACACGCCAUCAUCCAGACACGCCAUCAACCAGACAUGCCAUCAACCAGACAUGCCAUCAACCAGACAUGUCAUCAACCAGAUACUACAUCAUCCAGACACGCUAUUAUCAACCAGACACGCUAUAAUCAACCAGACACGCCAUCAACCAGACACGUUAUUAUCAUCUAAACACGCUGUUAUCAUCCAGACACGCCAUCAACCAGACAUGCCAUCAUCCAGACACGCUUUUAUCAACCAUUCACGCCCUCAACCAGACACGCCUUCAGCCAGACAUGCCAUCAUCCAGACACGCUAUUAUCAACCAGACACGCUAUUAUCAACCAGACAUGCCAUCAACCAGACACGCCAUCAACCAGACAUGCCAUCAACCAGACAUGCCAUCAACCAGACACGGUAUUAUCAACCAGACACGCCAUCAUCCAGACACGCCGUCAACCAGACACGCUAUUAUCAACCAGACAUGCCAUCAACCAGACACGCUAUUAUCAACCAGACAUGCCAUCAACCAGACACGCCGUCAACCAGACAUGCCAUCAACCAGACAUGCCAUCAACCAGACACGCUAUUAUCAACCAGACAUGCCAUCAACCAGACACGCCGUCAACCAGACAUGCCAUCAACCAGACAUGCCAUCAACCAGACACGCUAUUAUCAACCAGACACGCCAUCAUCCAGACACGCCGUCAACCAGACAUGCCAUCAACCAGACACGCUAUUAUCAACCAGACACGCCGUCAUCCAGACACGCCGUCAUCCAGACACGCCGUCAACCAGACAUGCCAUCAAUCAGACAUGCCGUCAACCAGACUUGCCAUCAACCAGACGUGCCAUCAACCAGACACGCCAUCAACCAGACAUGCCAUCAACCAGACACGCUAUUAUCAACCAGACACGCUAUUAUCAACCAGACAUGCCAUCAACCAGACACGCUAUUAUCAACCAGACAUGCCAUCAACCAGACACGCCGUCAACCAGACAUGCCAUCAACCAGACAUGCCAUCAACCAGACACGCUAUUAUCAACCAGACAUGCCAUCAACCAGACACGCCGUCAACCAGACAUGCCAUCAACCAGACACGCUAUUAUCAACCAGACACGCCAUCAUCCAGACACGCCGUCAACCAGACAUGCCAUCAACCAGACAUGCCAUCAACCAGACAUGCCAUCAACCAGACAUGCCAUCAACCAGACUUGCCAUCAACCAGACAUGCCAUCAACCAGACACGCCAUCAACCAGACAUGCCAUCAUCCAGACACGCUAUUAUCAACCAGACACGCUAUUAUCAACCAGACACGCCGUCAUCCAGACACGCCGUCAUCCAGACACGCCGUCAUCCAGACACGCCGUCAACCAGACAUGCCGUCAACCAGACAUGCCGUCAACCAGACUUGCCAUCAACCAGACAUGCCAUCAUCCAGACACGCUAUUAUCAACCAGACACGCUAUUAUCAACCAGACAUGCCAUCAACCAGACACGCCAUCAACCAGACAUGCCAUCAACCAGACAUGCCAUCAACCAGACAUGCCAUCAACCAGACAUGCCAUCAACCAGACACGCUAUUAUCAUCCAGACACGCCAUCAACCAUACACGCCAUCAUCCAUACACGCCAUCAUCCUGACACGCAUUCUAAGAAUGCAUCUUUACUCUUAGGUUGACCGUAUACAGUGGUGGACAAAGUAGUUGGUACCCC